AUGGCAAAUACUUAUGUCACUACAGCUGAUGGUUACUGUCUUGCUGAACCAGUACAGUACUAUGAUAUUCUGCCAGAGCAAAUCAACUAUCAGCUGCAUGAAACUGAUUUUCAAGAAUCAGCUUAUUGCCAGUAUUCUACUGUCCAGUUUCCAACAGCUCUACAGUCCCAAUCUUUACAAAGUCAUUUCAACACUUAUAGCUUGGACCCACAGUUCAGUGGUGAAGAAUGUGGAUUUAGUUCCUAUGAAUUAAAUAAACCCACUUAUGUGGUUGACCAUGAUGCUAAAGAUGGAUACUCUGGAAUAAAAAGGUCCAGACUCACUCACUCUUCCAUUCGGAUUAAGCAACAGGAAGAACUCUGUGUAGUUUGUGGUGAUAAAGCAUCAGGAUAUCAUUAUAAUGCACUUACCUGUGAAGGUUGUAAAGGUUUUUUUCGACGUAGCAUCACCAAAAACGCAGUAUAUCGUUGCAAGAAUGGUGGCCACUGUGAAAUGGACAUGUACAUGCGUAGGAAAUGUCAAGAGUGCAGACUGAAAAAGUGUAAGGCAGUAGGAAUGUUGGCAGAAUGUUUGCUCACAGAAAUCCAAUGCAAGUCAAAGAGACUUCGAAAGAACUUUAAACAGAAGAAUAGUUUUUACUCUAACAUCAAAAUGGAAGAGGGAGGAGUAGACAACAAGCUUGUAUCAUCCACCACUAGAUCUGGAAAAGUGAUUCAGGAGAGCAUGGAACUAACUCAAGAGGAACAUCAGCUCAUUAAUAACAUUGUGGCUGCUCAUCAAAAAUACACAAUUCCUUUAGAGGAAACAAAGAAAUUUCUGCAGAAGUAUGCAAAUCCUGAACUGAGCUUCUUGCGACUCUCAGAAACAGUGGUCCUACACCUACAGGGGUUAAUGGAUUUUACCAAGGGACUCCCAGGAUUUGAAAAUUUGACAACUGAGGACCAGACUGCAUUAUGCAAGGGAUCAAAAACUGAAGUGAUGUUCCUUCAUGGGGCCCAACUUUACAGUCAGAAAGAAUGUCUUUCAUCAGCUUCUGAAGGUAAAAAAGGCCAACUAACUUAA